AUGAGGCGCCUCAGAAGUUUUUUUGAGGCGCCUCAAAAGUUCCUCCAUCUCGCAACGGCUAUGAGGUAUCCUUCCUCCACGUACCUAGCCACCUACUUACGUAAGUUGCCUCUUGCGGUCACGGCUCUCCUCGUCAGCACAGCAAUCGUCCUGCUCCUAUCAUCGACUCCCUCGCAGCACGGCAUCCCCACCUUGGACCUCCCACGCGUUCAAGCCAGCACGGCCGUUCAGACCAGCGCGCCCGUUCAAACCGACGCUCCAGAGCCGUCCGAUCUUCACCGAGCAGCAUCCGAUGCAGGCGCCUUGACAGAGCUCCAAUCAAGGAGAUCUCCCCACCCGGACAGCAUCAAACCGACCUAUCCCAACCAGGACGAACCAGAGGACUCGGAGACAGACCCAUGGCUCGAGAGCCUGGGCGAGUUGGGGGGGUGGGGGGGGGUUCAAUGGGUGGAGCCAGUGGGAGAUGAGCCUCAGUCGGAGAUAGAGGCCAUUUGGGCCGCUCAUGCCGCCAAACACAUGACGUUCGGGAAGGUGCAACAGCCCAGACGCCCGGCCGAGGCUCGGGAAGAGGUUCGGGAAGAGGCUCUUGAAGAGGCUGGGGACAAGCCCGAAGCCACCUCCGCGCCCUCCGCCGAGCCCUCCCCCCAGUCCCCCUCCACCCCCCGGGCCAAGAUAAUAGUGCGCACCAAGACAUGGGGCACGUGGUGGGCGGCAGCAGACGGGGUGAACUGGGAGGGGCGCGUAGGCCGGGUCUAUUCCACGCCCAGUGCUUCACAGGCGCUCACCAUCAUUCGAGUCUCCGACACUGAGUUCCAGUUCCUGACUCCCAGCAACACCUUUUUAACCAAGGCCCCCUCCAUGUUCCUGGAAACAACCACCAACUCCUCGGACCCGCUCACAGUGUUCACCAUCGAGUAUAUCCCCGACACUGUCUACGUGUUCCAGUUCCUGACUCCCAGUAACACGUUCCUAACCAAGGCCCCCUCCAUGUUCCUGGAAACAACCACCAACUCCUCGGACCCGCUCACAGUGUUCACCAUUGAAUACAUCCCCGACACGGUCUACAUCGUCUUCAAGUCCUCCGAUGGAUGGUACAUCUCACAGAAUGGCGAAAGUGGCCCGCAGUUCUGGUGGCAGGGGGAGCCGGGCGACUGGGAGCGGCUUGACGUGAGGGAGAUCAUGUGGGUGCCGGCGAUUCGCGGGGCGAAUCUGGGGUCGUGGCUCAUGACUGAGCCGUGGAUGAACAGAGAGGUGUUCAAGUUUGCUGGCUAUGGUGAUGGCACCCGG